AAAUUAGGGGUGUCUCUUGUGGUUUCGUCGUUUUCAUAAGUAACAAGAAAAAUAGGCAAAUCUGGGCUCUUCCUCAGUCUCAUUGUCACUAAAACAUUUCCUUCAACUGUCAUUCUCUCAGGCGACUCUUGCCAUUGACCUCUCUCUUUAGUAAAGUCUCUCUCUCUUUCUUCCCCCAUGGUGCUUCACAAGCAAGCUCUCUUGCUCACAUUCAUCUCAGUUCUUGGAUUCCAUCAACUGCCUUCACCAACAGAAGCAGAAUGUCCACUGGACUUGACCUCAUCAAACUUCACUCUCGUCGCCUCCGUCUGCUCCACCAACGCCGACAGAGCCAAAUGCUGCCGCUACAUGAACGCCUUCGUCGCCGUAUCCGUCUCCCGCUACGCUAACCACACGGCGGAUCUCGGAGUGGCACCAGAGUUAACCUCCAUCUGCAUCACCACCAUCUCAAGAACCAUGGAGCUCUACGGCAUCCCAACUAACGCGACGCUCUUCUGCGGACUAGGGACCAAGAUCCUCGUCAGCUACGACUGCGAAGGUCUCACCACUGUUACUCAAAUGCUUCAGUCCCCAAAGUUUGGAGAUGUUUCAAGAAACUGCGAGCUGCCGUUUCGUUGCAAGAGCUGCUUGAACUCUGGUAUCACUUACAUUCGUAGUUUGGUGGAUAGAGGGAAUAACAUUAAGAUGAGUACUUGUAGGGAUGCGACCUACGCUGCUUUAGCUAGCCGUGUUGAUAGUAGUUCUGCUCUUGAGCUUGCUAGCUGCUUCUUUAACGUGUCUGAGCUUACCACCACUCCAGAGUUUCCAUUGAGUCCAGAAGCUUCUCCAGUUCCAGUGGUAGCUGAUAGUCCAAGUGGCAAUGAUGAUCUUGUUCUGUCUCCAAGAAGAAGUCACCAUGGUUAUCACUUGACGGUGGUUCCGGCUAUUGGGAUCGCUGUUACAGUGUUUUCUGUUAUGAUGCUCGCCGUGUUAAUAGUUCUUAUCCAAAGAAAGAAACGGGAGCUUGAUGAUGAUGACUCCGAGGGCAAGGAUCAUAAUCCAACGAAGACCCUCCCUAAAGUGAUGAUGAUUCAUGAAGGUAGUUCGUUGGCUUUUAGGAAAUUUAGCUACAGGGAGAUAAGGAAAGCAACUAAAGAGUUCAGCAGUGUGAUUGGCAGUGGGGGGUUUGGGACUGUUCAUAGAGGUGAGUUUAGUAAUGGGUUGGUUGCAGCUGUGAAAAGGAUGAAGAGGAGCUCUGAACAAGCGGAUGAUGAGUUUUGCAGAGAGAUUGAGCUUCUAGCCAGGCUGCAUCACCGCCAUCUAGUUGCUUUGAAAGGCUUUUGUACUAAGAAGAACGAGAGGUUCCUUGUCUACGAGUAUAUGGCCAAUGGGAGCUUGACGGAUCAUCUACAUUCCACAGAGAAACCUCCACUUAGUUGGGCAACUAGGAUGAAAAUCGCAAUCGAUGUGGCUAAUGCUCUGGAAUACCUUCAUCUAUACUGUGACCCACCUUUAUGUCACAGAGACAUAAAGUCAAGCAACAUAUUACUCGACGACAACUUUGUUGCUAAGCUUGCAGAUUUUGGCCUUGCACAUGCUUCAAGAGAUGGCUCCGUUUGUUUUGAACCUAUUAAUACUGAUAUCCGUGGAACUCCAGGCUAUGUAGAUCCAGAGUAUGUUGUAACACAAGAACUGACAGAGAAGAGCGACGUGUACAGCUACGGAGUGGUGUUGCUAGAGAUCAUAACAGGGAGAAGAGCUGUCGACGAAGGCAGGAAUCGGGUGGAAAUGUCACAGCCUUUACUGGUAUCAGAAUCAAGAAGGGUGGAUCUGGUGGAUCCGAGAAUCAAAGACUGCAUAGACGGUGAGCAGCUGGAGACAGUGGUGGCGGUUGUGAGAUGGUGCACUGAGAAAGAAGGCGUAGCAAGGCCAUCGAUCAAGCAAGUCUUGAGGCUGUUGUGUGAGAGCUGUGAUCCGUUGCAUAUGGAGCUUGCAAUGGCGGUUGAAGAGCACAAAGGGAGGUCACUGAGAGGUGGUGGUGACUCAGGGUUGGCUUCUUCCUCUAGUACUACUUCAAGGUCGCAUUGUAGCAGGAGUUUCCUGCUUGAAACUGGCUCUCCACCGAAUGGUCUCUCCUUUUGAGUCUUAAGUCACUUCUAGAAAUUUGGUAUUUUGGAUAAUAAUCAACUUGUUUUCUAAUUGCAAUUUUUUGGAAUAUAUAUGUUUUCUAACAGAGUCAA